GAUAUGGUAAAAAGAAAUCCCGAUUUGUUCAAGUGUGCACUACAUAGGGUGCUGCACGUACUCGGUGCUGCACAACGUCGUUCCCCAAUUAUUAAGAAUGAAAAAAUAGUUUGGCGCUCCGCCGGCCAUCAAAAGCUGAUUGCCACGGCAAACAUCAGUUAGUGACGUUACUGGGUGAACACACUAAACAACAGGUUGAAAAUGAGAGAUAACAAACAAACCAAAAAAAAGAAUCUAUUUCAUUCGUCUGGAUGAAGCCUUCUCGCAUCUUCUGCUCUACAGGUGGUGAAAAGUUCAAUUAUUUUUCCAAAUUUAGGAUGUUGUGACCGCAGGGGGGCGCUGUUGCUUCUGUAACCCUUAAUUAAUUGGCUCUGACAUUUUAGAUCACUUCAUUGCUGGUUGUGACGUAAGCAGGGCGUAACACGGUGCCACAUGCUGAUAGCUGUUAUCAGAAGCCGCCUGUAGGUCAUGAAGGACGAAGAGCAGGAGGGCUCAUUGUCCCGCCGGGACCUCUUUGAAGACUACCGGAGCUGCUUCCUCCGGCCAGGGGCCGAGAUUCGGCCGUGUCGGCACCCCGGGCUCCUGAAGAGGGCGGCCCAGUUCCUGCUGAGGACGUCGGAGCUGAGAGACACUUUCACGCUGUUCCCGUUCUGCCAGGCGGUGACGGAGAGGUGUGUUGUCGGCAUCGAUGGCAGGAAGCACCUGGUAGCCUUCAUCAAAGCCACUGAGAUGCUGGAGAGCCUCUGCAUCCACAUGUUCCUGCAGCCCUGGAAGAAGGAGAUCCGGUCUCUGAAGACGUUUACGGGUGCCUUCGUUUACUGCCUGCUGCCAGUUCUCAGCAGCUCCACUAUCCAGGCUGUUCUGGCCUGUAUGGGCUACCGGCCCAGCAGCGACGCCCCCCAGAGUGAGUUCACACUAAGUUCUGAUGCUGAUGCAGAUCGAGCUCUGCUGUUGGGAUUUGAGCUGCUGCUGGCCAGACUGGAAUGUUGUCGCCUCCUGGAUCUGCUGCUGGAGCACCAACUGGGACCACAGGAGUGGUUGGAUGUUCUCCAAAGAAGUAAGCAGCCUUCUAAGUUGGUAGAUCCCACAGAAAAGCAGACGGUGGCGGAGCAAAGAAAAGACAACGACGACAAGAGGAAGGAGUCGGAUAAGAGAGAGGAGUCCCAGCAACCUGAGUCCAGGCUUCCAUCAGUUCCUCAGCCGAAGCCUCGGCAUCAUCGCCCCAACGUAGACCAGUCGGACAUGGAACUGCAGUGGCAAUACCCAGACCUGGCCUUCAGGGGUCGCCCUCUGCUGCCAGACCAACCUCCCAAAGCAACCGCCACCAUGACCGGCAGUGUACCUGACAGCACUUCUGUACUUCCAAAGACCAACCAGACCAAAGAGGACAGAGAUGUUUCUCCAUCAGUCUCCACUGGAGACGAUGGCUGGAAUGACUCCAGCUCCUUCAGGAACCCUGAUGAAAGCAGAGCCCGUGAUGGUGAUGAUGGUGAUGAUGGAGAUGAUGACCUGAGUGGUCCUCAAGCCAUUUCUCUUCAUAUCACACUAAGAACAGGAGGCAAAGCAGAGGCAGGCAAGAAGCGAGGAAGAGUUCAGCCAACCUCAGAGACUUCUGAUGUUGCACAGAAAACACCAAGCAGAGAGAAUGUGGUGGCUGACAAACCGGAGUCUUCCUCGUUGAGCUCCAUUGAUGAAGAGCAGCAGCUGAGAGCGCUGGCGGAGCGGAUGGGACAGCUUUCUGUGCAGGGAGAUCAAGAGAAGGCGACAGGAAAAGAGGACGACGGGAAGGCAGAGGGCCGCAAGAAGGACAGACAAAAACAGAGGACCAACCUCUGAGAGGGCCCUUAAAGGGCUAUAAAAUAUUUAGCAAUUUGUUUUAGCAAUUUUUUAUUUUUAUUUUUUUUCACCUUGUUUGGUUUCAUGACUAUUUGAACCAAUCGGAUGCAGAGCCAUGGGCAGCAUAUCACCAGGCCACCGGGGCCAACCAGAGCAAUCUAAGCUUUUUCAAGAAUAGAAUGUUGGAGCCAUUUAAUUUUGCUGGGUGUAUUAUAUAAACAGGCCUUAAAUAUUCUAAUAAAUGCAAUAAUGAUUUGUUGUUCAAAUAAAUAUGCUGGUAAUGUUUCCGGAUCAGGAUGAUCUGCAGAGAUCAGAAAUAAAAACAUAAAAGACGAACUAAUUUGAACAUCCAGAACCCACCCAGAAACAUUUCUGCUGUUUUUGGCUUGGCCAAAUGUCAUCAAAAAAUUUAAAUGUUGGACCAAUUUUACGUACAAAAAACUGUUGAAAAGAUGAUUUUACUGAGAACAGUCCAAACCUGGGACUGUUGGCCCCUCCACCUCAGUGCGGCUGAAAUAAUUUUGUUUCUUCUUGACUUAGUAUGACAUAAAAAUUUUUUUAAAGAGAAAAGAAAAUUUCCACCAAAAAAAAUCUCAAAUUUUGAGAUGCACAGAGAGAUAGGCGGCUUCCCUUCUGAAGGGGAGGACAGAGAGAAUGCCUUACAGAAAAUGCAAUCACUGUCUGGUUUUAUGCAGUCUUCAGUCAUUUGCGUACUCAGUUUUAUCUUUGGUUCCUGUUUCUACUUUAUAUUUUUUUGCAUUUUGAGGUUCUACCUGCAACCUGGUUACUAGCACAAAAAAUUCUUCCCCAGUUUUAGGAAUCGUCUUUUCUUGAAAACACUUCACCGCUGAAGCCAGAAGGCUCUCAGUUCUCAUGGAAACAGAAACAUGAAAUGGACCACUUCCAUUCAGGAUUUUAAAAACAUUUUAAUUUAAGAAACAGUUUCAGGGGGAAUGUUUGACACAAGCUGAGGUUAUGUGUGUGUUUGAAGAUUUUCCACUCAAAACAGUAUAUAUAUAUAUAUAUAUAUAUAUAUAUAUCGUUUUUUUCUCAAAUAAACGAUGAUCCACAAGAAAACAGAAAUAGACAAACUGUCUGCUCUGAUGGUAAAGAUGUGCAGAAAGUAUUAAUUAUUACAGCAGCAUGACUUCAAAAUGAAUACAGUACCAAACAAGAGUUUGAGUAGCAAAACCACAGUCUUAACAAUCCUGUAAUUAUUAUUACAGAAAUGUUUCUUUAAUUAGACUUUUUCAGAUUAUCAGAAUUUCAAUAAACUUCCAGUUAGUAACCAUGACUACCCAAAGUAUGUCCCUGGAGUUUAGGCUUGGACAUGACCCAAGGAGGUCAGUUUUUGCAGGUUUUUUUUUACAGACAUUUGGCUCUUGCAAUAAAAAUAUUGUCAAAAUUAAUUCCACUAUAAUUUUCAUAUUUUUAGCAGAGAAGCAUCAUAUAUGUCCUCAUAUAUAAAUAAGCAGCUUCGCUUAUUGGUCCAAAAUUAUCGAGUGUUGGGAAAAAUCCUAAAUAAAAAUUUCCAAACAUCCAAAGAGCUUAA